AUGCCAGAGGAUGCUGCUGUUCGAGAAGCAACCCGACUCGACUUUGGACCUCACAACUUCCCGCCCCCGAUCAAGACCGCUAUGCAAGCACCAUCACUCGACCCCCUACCUGACGACAAAGAUCUCAAUGGUGCGUUCGAUUCAUAUGGAACCAAGAGACCCGGCACCUUGGCCCCCUCUUCCUCCGAGAGUGAUGUACGCCAAAAGCGUCUCUCCUGCGAGCACGAGGCCUUUCGGAACCGUACAGCCUCACGCACAACCACCAGCAUCGUUACCUCUGCCGCAGAGCAUGCGGCAGAUACAGCGGCGGAUACAGACACAAGCUAG